UAAAAGCAUUACUUCAUUUUGGUCCAUAAAAUUAUGCAGGUAGUCAUGGCUACCCCUUCUUCACUAGCACAUACUCUUCAUCUCCCCUACGCGUUUCCACCGCAACGACGCCGUUUAAUAGGCCGUCGCCAACUCUGCUUCUACUCUAUUUGCUCCAAUCACGACACGCAAAGUGUUGGUGAAAUUUUGAUGCAUAGUAUUCCGAGGCGGAAAUUGUUUACUAGUUUAUUCAUUUACUCGUCUUGUCUUCACAGUUCGAGCUAUUCAUCAGCAUAUGCGUUAGGAGAUCCUUCUGUCACAAUUGAACAAGUGACACCCCCUGUCUUUCCUUCUGGCACACUUUUCCCUCCCGAGCAAAGGAUUGUACAACUCUUUGAGAAGAACACUUACUCAGUUGUCAACAUAUUUGAUGUUACAUUACGGCCUCAGCUUAAUGUUACAGGUGUGGUUGAGAUUCCCGAGGGAAAUGGUUCUGGAGUUGUCUGGGAUGAGCAAGGGCACAUUGUGACAAAUUACCACGUAAUUGCUAAUUCUCUAUCAAGAAAUCCAAGUUCUGGGCAAGUUGUUGCACGGGUGAAUAUUCUCGCAGCAGACGGGGUACUAAAGAACUUUGAAGGGAAACUAAUUGGGGCAGAUCGGGCCAAGGAUCUUGCUGUCCUGAAGGUAGAUGCCUCUGAAGAUCUGUUAAGGCCGAUUAAGGUGGGGGGAUCAUCUUCUUUAAAAGUUGGCCAGCAGUGUUUAGCCAUUGGAAAUCCAUUUGGUUUUGAUCACACACUUACGGUCGGUGUGAUUAGUGGACUCAACCGGGAUAUAUUCAGCCAGACUGGAGUGACUAUUGGUGGGGGAAUUCAAACAGAUGCAGCCAUCAAUCCAGGAAACAGCGGAGGCCCUUUACUUGAUUCUAAAGGGAAUUUAAUUGGGAUAAACACAGCAAUAUAUACACAGACAGGGACAUCAGCAGGUGUAGGUUUUGCCAUCCCAUCCUCCACUGUGACAAGGAUUGUGCCUCAGUUGAUUCAGUAUGGCAAAGCUGUUCGAGCUGGUUUAGAUGUUGAUUUUGCUCCAGAUUUAGUUGCAAAUCAAUUGAAUGUACGAAAUGGAGCUCUAGUUCUACAGGUUCCCGAAAACAGUCUUGCAGCCAAGGCUGGGCUUCUUCCAACUACAAGGGGUUUUGCGGGGAAUAUUGUACUUGGAGAUAUUAUUACAGCAGUUGACGAUAAACCUGUUAGAAGUAAAGCAGAAUUGUACAAAGUGCUGGAUGACUAUAGUGUAGGUAAUAUUAUCACUUUAAAGAUCCAAAGAGGCAGUGAAAACUUGGAGGUACCUAUAGUUUUAGAGGAAAAAAGUUCUUGAAAGAUAUGUCCCUUUUUUUGUAUAUUUAUUUAUCGGAUGCAUACAUAGUUUGUUUUAGUAUUGUUUACACUUUA